GUCUCGUUUUGACCUACACACGGAGCUUACGCAUCGCCGCUUGACCUCGCGCUUUUUCGCUCAUCCGCACAUUUCUCUAACACUUCAAUAAUUAAAUAAUUAACAUUAACGUUUGCUUGUUAAUUGCACCUUAUUCCGGCAAUCUGGUUCUAAGAGUUGAUUAAAACUGAUUACUUUUAUCCCUUAACCGAGUGGUUUUAUUUAAAAGUGAAAGUGAAAGUGAGAUCAGGAUGGAUGUGGACAUGCCUACAAUCCCAACACCAGCUGUUCGGUCGGCAACCAACGGGGCACGUACUGGGCCUACGCCUCCACUUCGCCCAACCAAUGCGACUGUAUCGACUGCCGCUUCUGGUAGUGGCUCACGAGCAGCCCCAUCAACGCCAUCCGCUCAAGUCGAGCUGCGACGCAUCCGAUGCCCGCUAUGUCGCCGCAAACAUCGAUUGCAACAUUGUGGGCUCUUUAAGGAGCUAACGCCGACACAACGACAGCGUGUGGCACAGGCACAUGAGCACUGCCUCAACUGCCUGUCGCACACGCAUGGGACGCAGGAGUGUGCUUCUGCCGAUCUAUGCCACACGUGUGGCAGACCACAUCAUACGCUGCUGCACAGGACCCCACGACGCGAUGCAGGUCGGCCAGCUGCCCCAAGCACGGGUAGAUCAACGCGAGGAGACCGGACGGUAACACGCCGAGCUACUGCAGCCCGGCCUGCGCCCCACCAAUGGCGUUCGCACCACGUUGCACCAACCAGGCGUCGUCCAAAAGCACCACAGCAUCGCCCCGCUACUGGACUCAGCAACGUGGUGGCAACCCUCCAGCAGUUGCAGAGAUUGCUAGGCUGAAUAUUCGCCUAGGGGGGCCGGGAUGGCUAAAUGAGAUAAGCCGCCCCCCCUAAUGCCACCAUCAAUACACCACACACACCGAAGCUACAUUCCACACGACCCACACAUCAACACCACCCACACGCGAGAGGACAUCCACACACGCAAACACAUACCACACUGGUGAAAAGGGGGAUCAACAAAAAGGUCUUCUUCAGUCUCGUUUUGACCUACACACGGAGCUUACGCAUCGCCGCUUGACCUCGCGCUUUUUCGCUCAUCCGCACAUUUCUCUAACACUUCAAUAAUUAAAUAAUUAACAUUAACGUUUGCUUGUUAAUUGCACCUUAUUCCGGCAAUCUGGU